GGUCACAAGAAAACGGUGUUCAAAUGUACGUGGAAGAAAUGCAACAAAAUUCACAACACAGUGUCCAGUAUCGAGGCCCACGUACGCACGGCACAUCUUGGACUUUCAGAAAGCGACAGCAACUUUCUUGAUCACGAGGAAGAAUUUUACUACACCGAGAUCGAGGUCACGAUGGAUCACGUGACUGAGAAAUUCUCUGAUAUGUGUACGUCAUCACCGCCGGAACCAACCGGAUUUGAUUUCGGCAGACCUAUUCCAGAUCACGACUACCAGAAAAAGGAACACAGACAAAAUGUUGGCAACAUGUUCGCCUCGUCAGUGCCUUCUGGAGGAUUCCAACCGCUGACGUCAUCCGGAUCUCUUCCCAUAACAAUGCCACAGAUCAAAAGAUCGUUGUCAUGGCAAAAUAACAAUACCUCAUCCUCGCCUGGAUUGUCGAUGUCACCUUCUGUCCGUUCGUCCAAACCAUCUCCACAGGAACGGCUGCAACAGCAUCAGGCUCAGUCUCCGAAAUCUCACCUUUUCUCCUCUCAUAAGAAGCCUCGAAGUGAAGUCCGGAAGUGCCGAAAGGUUUAUGGGAUGGAAAACAGGGACAUGUGGUGCACUCAGUGUAAAUGGAAGAAAGCCUGCUCCCGAUUUUCGGACUGAAGUGCUACUUCCAUUCCAGGAACAAAAUCGACCAAUCAGAAACGUUUUGAUAUCUUUCAAAUGGAAGGUCCGAUUUGAUUGUCUCCCCACAGAGGACACAAACGACAAGGAAUCAGUGAUUAGACUGAAUUCAUUCCACAUUCUAAGGUUGACCA